CGGUAAAUCUAACCGAGCUGAUGAGAAUUCCGCCAUUCAUCGGCGCCGGGAUGAACCGAGUCGGAAGCUCAUGGCCUGUUGAACACCAUUAGCCUGUGUCAUAUCAGUCCAAGCAAGGUCAUCGUUUCUUGUACUCUCUUGCCUCCGUCUUCUUUUCUGGCUCUUUGCGCAGGACAGAGACUUACCUCCCUCUAGAUCUGUGUACCAUGGAAAGCCUGAGCGAGCUGCAGAACCCUCUGUUGGACAAGAACAGCAAGCAGGUGGUCAAGGCCGACUACGGCUACCGGAGCGACUUCCUCAGCAGCCAGUACCAGGAGAACAUCAUCAACUACUUCGUGACCAGCAGCGGAGGUAAAGCUGGAGGUGUCGGAGGGGUCGAAGGACAGGUCAGGGUCACGCCCGCUAACGGCAAAACAAAAGCUCAGCUCCUGGAUACCACCUCACUCCACCUGGCGGUGGAGGCCUUCUACAAGCCCAACUUUAUCCUCUACAAGGACGAUGUCAACGUCAAGGCCAAGGAUUACAAAAGCGAGUGCUGUGAGACUACCUUCACUGAAAAGAAAGAGAGGGAGGCGAGCACGGAGACUCCCAGCGUGGAGGAUCCGCAGGCUAAGCUGCUGGAUGAAAACGAGAUGAAGAUCCAGACAGUGUCCUAUGAGGUGGAGGAGGAGGAAUAUGUUGAGUAUGAGACGGAUUGCUCCAGUGACAGCGAGAGUGAAGAUAACUUCAUCGUCAUCCCUCCUCGUGAUCACCUGGGCUUGGCCAUCUUCUCUAUGCUCUGCUGUUUCUGGCCUCUGGGCAUUGCCGCCUUCUACUUCUCUCAGGGGACCAGCAAAGCCGUGACGAAGGGCGACUUUCCUCUGGCCAGCAUCGCAUCCAGGCGAGCUCUGUUUCUGGCUGCCCUCUCCAUUACCAUUGGAACGGGGGUGUAUGUGGGCGUAGUGGUGGCGCUCAUCGCUUAUCUCUCCAAACCCGGUCAUAUAUAG